AUGGCCUCAGUCGCAGCUCGGCGGAGGCAGGAGCUGGCGGCGGAGGGCCAGCGGCACCUCGAGGAGACGAUAGCCUCCGCUUUCCAGAUCCUUUCCUCCAUGAACGACGAGCUCUGCAACCCCGCGCUCUGGUCCUCCUCCGCCACCGCCACCGCCGCUUCCGCCGCUUCCGCCGCCUCCCAGCAUCCCCACCACCAAAACGCAGCUCCCCCACCACCCCACUCCGCCGACUCCGACGCUGAUGCCAUGGGGGGAGCCGCGGGGGGCUCUGGUGGUUCGCUCGACGAGGCGAGGCACCGGUACAAGAUCGCCGUGGCGGCUUUGCGCGCGUCCAUUGCCGCGGUGUCGCCCUCUACUCAGGAGAUGGGGCCAACAGAAUCCAAAGGUGAUCAAGCCGAGAUUGAGAGAUUGGAAGAGCGUGCAUCUUCUUUGAGAAAGGAUAUUAUCAGGAACCAGUCAGUACUUGGUACCAGAUCAGUCGUUGAACGUCAGAUAGCAGUGCAACAAGGUUUUCCAGAGGAAAUUGAAAGCAAAAACAAACAGCUGAAACUCCUCAUCGAUCAACUCCGUGAUCUAAUAUCAGAUAUAUCAAUGUGGCAAAGCCCUUGCUCAGUGUGA